GGAACAAAGAGAGAAGAGUUAAGUGUCAGUGAACAGAAAAAGCAAACCGACAGCAAUGAGUUGGUGGAAAGAAAAUUAGAUGAUGUCGUCACUUUAGGGAAGGAAUUAUUUAUGAUUUUUGGAGACAAAUGCUUAAGGCUUCAUUUUCUAAUGAAUGGAUCUCACAGAAUAUCAGAAAGUGGUAACAUGGUUUUAACUGGUAAGAAGAUACCACCAGUGCUAGAAGUUUAUUUUGGACCUACUGUCUUAUUCUUUUAUGAGUCUUCUUUUGAUGUUAGAUCAAGUGAGCAAUGCAUCAGUCGUUUUGAAGAACUGAAAGACGUCGACAUCUGUUCACCAACCUUCAAUCAGAAGAGAGUGGUUGCUAUGGUAACAGAACAGAAAGGGAGACAACUCUGUGAUGUUUUGUUAGAUCAGAAUAUUUUACCAGGCGUAGGAAACAUUAUUAAGAACGAGGCUUUGUUUGAUAGUGGCAUCAACCCCUGUGUUCGGGUUGAUCAAUUGAAGCCAAACCAUAUUUCACACAUCAUCAAAAUGACCAGAGAUUUUACGAUGAUCUUUUACAAGUUUUAUCAGUUAUCAAGAUCCAUGCCAAGAGGUUUAGUCAAGAACCAGCUGGUAGAAAGGAUCCUCAUUAUUCCAGUCAACCCAGCUGUAAAAGGGUACAGAUAA